AUGGGUAAAUCAACUGUUAAGAAAGACUCCAAGAAGGUCCAAAAGCAAAAGAAGGAAGAAAAGGCCGCUGCUGUUUCUUCUUCUGAAUCUUCUUCUGAUUUCGAAUCCUCCUCAUCCUCUUCUUCAGACUCUUCUUCUGAUUCUGAAUCCUCCUCUUCUGAAUCCGAAAAGGAAGAACCAAAGAAGGAAACCAAGAAGGAAUCUUCUUCCUCUGAUUCAUCCUCUUCUGAAUCUUCCUCUGAUUCUGAAUCCGAAUCCGAAUCCGAAAAGGAAGAACCAAAGAAGGAAGCUAAGAAGGAAUCUUCCUCUUCCGACUCUUCUUCUGAAUCCUCUUCUGAUUCCGAAUCUUCCUCUUCUGAAUCUGAAGCUGAAGAAUCUAACGAUAAGAAGCGUAAGGCUUCCGAUGACGAAGAAGAAGAAGAAAAAUCUUCUGAAGAAUCCGAAGAAUCUUCUUCCAAGAAGCAAAAGACCGAAGGUGAACCAGCUACUAUUUUCGUUGGUAGAUUAUCUUGGUCCAUUGAUGAUGAAUGGUUAAAGAAGGAAUUCGAACAUAUUGGUGGUGUUGUCAGUGCCCGUGUUAUUAUGGAAAGAGGUACCGACAGAUCUCGUGGUUACGGUUACGUUGACUUCGAAGACAAAUCUUACGCUGAAAAGGCUAUCAAAGAAAUGCAAGGUAAGGAAAUUGACGGUAGAGAAAUUAACGUCGAUAUGUCUACCAGUAAGCCAGCUGCUGGUAACAACGACCGUGCCAAGAAAUUUGGUGACGUUCCAUCUGAACCAUCCGAAACUUUAUUCUUAGGUAACUUGUCAUUCAAUGCUGACAGAGAUGCUAUUUCUGAACUUUUCAGCAAAUACGGUGAAAUCAUCUCCGUCCGUAUUCCAACACAUCCAGAAACUGAACAACCAAAGGGUUUCGGUUACGUUCAAUAUACUAAUGUCGAAGAUGCCAAGAAGGCUUUAGAAGGUCUACAAGGUGAAUACAUUGACAACAGACCAGUCAGAUUAGAUUACUCUACUCCAAGACCAGACAACGGUGGUCGUGGUGGUUUCGGUGGUAACCGUGGUGGUGACAGAGGCGGACGUGGUGGCCGUGGUGGCUUCAACAGAGGUGGUUUCAACAGAGGUGGCCGUGGUGGUAACCGUGGUGGCUUCGGUGGUAGACCAUCUGGUUCCGGUUCCAACACUGCUCCAUUAGGUAGAGGUAGAAACACCGCUUCCUUCGCUGGUUCCAAGAAGACCUUUGAUUAA